UUUAGAUCUAAAUAAAAACGCAAAUCAUUUUGAAUAAUAAAUAUCUCAACUCAUGAUAAACACUACACUAAAAUAAAGUUAUAAGUCUACUAUCAAAUAAUAUGAAUCAUUGACAAUGUCUCGCGUUGCCAGCACGUUAGAUAUGUCCAGCUCUAAAGUCAAGAAAAGGGACACUUUAUAUUAUAGAGGUUCCAAAUUCGAACCCAAACUCAGCAAAGUCAAAGAACCAGAUGGGGAUAGAAGAAAAAUGGAUUGCUCAAUUCAACCCGGAUUUGGAAAUCUAAAAUGGCACCAGGCUAUAAAGCAGCUGUUUGACAUUGUGAAGAAUGAGCCCCCAAUAGACCAAAACGGACAGACUAUCCAGUUCAAACCAGUUCGACAGGAACAGACAUUAGAUUACCUUAGCGAAAAGUUCAUCAACUAUGUACUUGUCUUACAAAAACUGAGUGACUGCCUACCGCGACUUAUCCACCCACAGAAGAGAAGAUUAUUAAAGAAAUGCAUCGAGUCCACAGCUGCCAGGGUCUGUGAACUAAAGCACCAAAUGAUUCAAUGGAACAAAUGUCUCUACCACUAUUUUGAUGAUCUUCUGCGUGACAUGGGACUAACACCUGACAACUUGGAGAUCACAAUACCUGUCUACUUACUGAAGGACAGACAUCAUAUUCUAAGUAUGAGACAGCAGCUUCUGGCCUGGAUGAUCCAAAGAAUUGAGGCUCUCAGCGACCCUAAAGUAGAGGACAUCGUCAACAUGUAUGUCUCAAGUCGGGAAAGUUUUGACAUCAAAAUCAAUGCCAACAAACCAGCUUCUCCCAUCGAAAAAGAAAAAGAAAAGAUGUCUGUACGCACAAGCUCUUCCGACGAUAUCAACAGAUAUGUUCCAGACUUUCAUUGUCAAACAGUCAUACGCCGACUUUCCAGAGACGUGAGUGAAAUGACCAAACUGAUCAAGCUACAAUCCUGGUGUAGGUCGUGGCACGCCAAGAAAAAGACCAAAAGACUGAGGGAGGAAGAGUUCGUCUCCCUAGGGAUGUCCUUUCCCAAGAGGAUGGUCACGCUUAUAAACCAAGAGGAUCUGGAUGAGGAGUACAACGAGCAAGAGGCCAAACACGCCGAGAGGGAAGACGACAUGAUGAACAAGAAACAGUUUCAAUAUGAACAAUUCCUGGAGACCAAAGGGCUGGACAUGGCUUGGGAAUUGAAGAUGAAUUUAACCCAGUGGCUCCUGGAGAUGAUGAGCCUCCAAGGAAGACUGCCGGACUACCCCGAAGACGAGGAAGGCGGAUGCGACGCCAUCUUCCAGGAGAAGACCGUUGAGGACUUGGAGGCGGAGAUAGAGGCGAUGUUCCGCCCCCGAAAAGCCAAGAAACAGUCGAAAGGGUCGAAGAAGCCAAAAAAGCCAGCGCCAGAGGAUCCUGGCUGGAAGAUGCCCCCGUCGUCAAACCUGAUGUCCCUGAUUGGUCUUCUGAACGAGUAUGACAGCUACUGGUACUAUAAGUUCGAGCGUGACAACCCGUUCCAGACGUUUGACAUGGACCUGGUGAUGGACGAGGUUCAAUCCGAGGCUGGGAAAAUUAUCAGGCAGCAAGUGGACAAACUAAUGCGCUAUGAACUGGAAAACAUGAAACUUGCCUUGGAAAACACUGUUUAUAAAAGUGCUCCAGACAAAAUUCCGACUCAAAAGUUAAAGACCGCUACUGUGAAACUGGGCCCCACUGGGGAGAGGACUGUAGAAGAGCUGUACGGGGAGCUGGUGCUGAUGGGGCUGGUCAAACCGGUCAACAGUGUUAAGAUGAAAGACAUCAUCGGCGACCACAACUUUCAGCGAGCGGCUCAAAGGGAGUGCAUCCCGACUAUACCUGACAUCAAGAAUAUUGUGACACUACUGCUUGGUCUCCCUUUGAGCUCCGAAUUCGUCCACAAGGCGACGCCCAUUUUAAACACCAUGCUAUUUGCCGGGCCACCUGGGACUGGUAAGACGAUGCUCCUGCACGCCAUCUGCCGGGAGACCGGUUCUAACCUGAUCGACCUCUCCCCUGCAACGCUGAAUGGGAAAUACAUCGGUACAGAGGAACAGAACUAUCUUAAGGCAGCCCUUCUGAAGGUUGGCAAAGCCUUGGAGCCCACCGUCUUUUACGUGGAUGAAUGCGAGUUGGUGUUCCCUCUCAAGCCGGGACCCAAAUCCGAUGACAAUCCAGCCAGGUGGGCGUCGUUCUUGCAAGGCUUGAUGAAGAAAUUGAAACAAGGGGACAGAAUGGCUCUUAUUGGAUUGACCCACCUUCCUUUUUACUGUAAAACCAAAUCCUUGCUUAAUGUUUUCAAGAAUGUGAUUUUCUUCCCCACGCCAGAGUACGGAAGUCGGACUGCCAUGUGGAAGGCCCUCCUGGCCAAACUUCCUUUGUUGCGGACUAAUCUGAACGUUUCAGUUCUGUCCAAGCUGACCGAGGGCUACAGUUUCCGGGAGAUCCAGUUCGUCAUCGACAACGUCCUUCACGCUGACCGCCUGAGCAGGUGCAGGCCAAUUACCAACGACGAGUUUAUCCAGUGCCUGUCUAUGAUGUCCAGGCCCUCUUCGGAGACGACACAAGCUUGGCUGGACUGGUACGAUCAGAUCCCUAUGGUGCAGGCAUACAAAGCCUGGCAAGACGUGAUGGACGAGAUGGAUAGGCUGCUGGAACAAGCCGCCAAAUGAUAUUCGAUCACUCUCUUCAUAAAUGACCAACUAGACGCGACCAUUAACUGGACACCGACUGGACACUUCUCGCUUGACCAGCAAAAAGAAAAAAUGCUGUAAUAUACUAUUUCUUUUUUUUUAAUUCACGAUCACAAAUUGAACGCGGGAACUCUUUGCCUUUUGUAGUAAUGAGAAAAUGAAAUAUGCUUUGACACAGUAACCAUGGAAUGAACUGUUGAACUGAGCACAAUGUCAAAGACAAGUACAAAUUGAUAAGAACUCUCUUGUUUGGGUGAAUUCUAAAGUUAGUACUUACUUCGAGAGCGAUUAAAACAAGGUUAUAUCUCUAGUGGAGAUUUGGAGCAUAUGUGAGAAUUAUUGCAGAUUGUAUAGGUACGUCUUGUUUUAAAGUCAGAAUCAAAUGAAAUAUUGUUUCCCCAAAAUGUUUUCUUACUUAAGGCUUCCUCGUAUAAUUAUUUUUAAUAUUAUUACUUUUCUGACGUGUUAUAUAUGGAUUUAUAAAUUAUAACCAAUGUGUGCUACUCAUAUUAUAUGUCAACUGAAUAAAAAAAGUAUACAAAAAUCCAUUGCAGUCCACAAAUCUAAGUAAUGUUUUGGUACUCAGCCUAUACACUAAUUUGUAUUUUUAUUUUAUUUUAUUUAUUACUUAUUUUUUUAGAUACAGUACACCCUUUAUUUUCUGUAUUCUUCUAUUUUUAAAUAAGAUCUUGUAUUCUGCUUUAUAUGUGAUAUAAAAAUAAAAUACAUGUUCAUAUUUUCGCUGUGUGAGUCUUUCAAGUCAGACAAAAAAAAUACACACUUUUGUUAUUAUUAUACAAACAAAAAUUAUAUUGUUGAUUCUAAACACAACUAAUUCUCUAUACAUUGUUUUUCUAAAUAUAAAAUGUACGCCCUCCUAA